UAUCUCGCUAUGGGUCUCAAGACGAUUCAGUAUUUGUGUUCUGUGAAUUACAACAUUGUUGAAAGACGGAGAAACAGAGCCAAUUUAAUAUGGCCAAUAGUGACCAUAUGGUGCUAGUUGAAUAUGAAGAUGAUCAUACUACUGUAGAAAUGCUAAAAGCAUGAGCCAAGGUUCUAACCAUGGUAUGUUUUGCUGGUCCCCUGUAUCCCCUCUGCUGCAGACGACUCUUCCACAAAUCAAGGCAUGCUCUGCCUCUGCAUGCACCUGCUGUAUUGCCUAUCCUUCCGUCAGAUAACCCUCUUCCCUUCAAUCAUCAGGACCCAUGCUACGAUCAUAUCAUACCACCUCCUCAGUUAUCACAGAACCAGCUUCAACUGUCACCUGCCUCAUCUUGUAUUUCUCCUUUAAAUUUGGAUAACUAUGAGUUACUUGUCCAUCAUUACAGAAAUUCUUGUUGCUUCAAAGAUGCCUAUCAACUUCAUCUGCUGAUCUACAAAACUGGGUUCACCAAUGACGUUUUCCUGUCCAACACCCUUAUGAACAUUUAUGUUAGAAUUGGUAAAUUAGUUUAUGCACAGAAGCUGUUUAAUGAAAUGCCACAAAAGAACCAUGUUUCUUGGGCUUGCUUAAUUUCAGGCUAUACUCAAAAUGGCAAACCUGAUGAGGCAUGUAGACUAUUCAAAGGUAUGCUUUGUGCAAACCAGUUUCCAAACCACUACGCCAUUGGUAGUGUUCUUCGAGCUUGCCAGAAAUGUGGUCCAAGUAAGCUUCUACUUGGAAUGCAGAUUCAUGGGUUAAUUUCCAAAUCACGAUAUGCAUCAGAUAUGUUUCUGUCUAAUGUGCUGAUGUCCAUGUAUGCACAUUGUUUGGGUUCAAUUGAUGAUGCUCGUUGUGUUUUUGAUGAAAUACAAAUUAAAAAUUCUGUAGCGUGGAAUUCUAUCAUUUCAGUAUAUUGUUAUAAGGGGGAUGUAGUUUCUGCCUUUGAACUCUUUUCAAGCAUGCAGAGGGAAGCUAUCACACUGAGGCCUAAUGAAUAUACUUUUGGUAGCUUAGUAACUGCUGCAUACUCUCUUGUUGACUGUGGAUUAAGUUUGCUUGCACAGAUAUUAGCCAGGAUAGAGAAAUCUGGAUUCUUACAAGAUUUGUAUGUUGGUAGUGCACUGGUCAGUGGGUAUGCAAGGUUUGGGUUAAUAGGUUAUGCCAAAAUGAUUUUUAAGCAGAUGUCUGAGAGAAAUGCAGUGUCCAUGAAUGGGUUGAUGGUUGGAUUGGUGAAGCAAAACCAGGGUGAAGAAGCAGCUGAGGUAUUCAGGGAGAUGAAAGAUUUAGUUGAAAUAAACAAUCUUUCUUUUGUUGUUCUUUUAAGUGCUUUUCCUGAAUUUUCUAAUUUGAAGGAAGGGAAGAUAAAGGGUAAAGAGCUUCAUGCUUACCUGAUUCGAAGUGCGUUAGUUGAUGACAAUGUUUCAAUUGGAAAUGCUCUUGUCAAUAUGUAUGCAAAAUGUGGUGCUAUCGGUUAUGCUUGCUCUGUUUUCCAUCUCAUAGCUGAUAAAGAUGUUGUCUCAUGGAAUUCUAUUAUCUCUGGCCUAGACCAAAAUGAGCGAUUUGAAGAAGCAGUUUCCAGUUUCCAUGCAAUGAGAAGAAGCGGACUGAUGCCCUCAAAUUUCUCAGUUAUUAGUACUUUGAGCUCAUGUGCAAGCUUGGGUUGGAUCAUGUUAGGACAACAAAUACAUGGUGAAGGGCUCAAAUGGGGGCUUGAUUCAGAUGUUUCAGUUUCAAAUGCACUUCUUGCAUUAUAUGGUGAAACUGGUAAUCUCAAGGCCUGUGAGAAAAUUUUCUGUCUGAUGCCAGAUUAUGAUGAAGUUUCUUGGAAUACUUUGAUUGGAGCGCUAGCAAACUCAGAGACAACAAUUUUACAAGCUAUAAAAUGUUUCCAGGAGAUGAUGCAAACUGGGUGGAGGCUCAAUAGAGUGACGUUUAUGAGUGUCUUAGCAGCAGUUUCUUCUCUUUCACUGCUUGAACUGAGCCUUCAAAUUCAUGCUUUGAUCUUAAAAUACUCUGUCGCUAAUGACAAUGCCAUUGAGAAUGCUCUUCUAGCUUGCUAUGGGAAGUCUGGUCAGAUGGAUGACUGUGAGAAGAUCUUUUGUAGAAUGUCAGAUAGAAGAGAUGACGUCAGUUGGAAUUCCAUGAUUUCUGGAUAUAUACACAAUGACAUCCUGGACAAGGCCAUGGAUUUGGUAUGGUUUAUGAUGCAGAGGGGCCAAAGGUUGGAUGGUUUCACUCUUGCCACUGUUCUUAGUGCUUGUGCCUCAGUUGCAACUUUAGAGCGGGGAAUGGAAGUUCAUGCAUGUGCCAUAAGAGCUUGUUUAGAAUUUGACGUUGUUGUUGGGAGUGCACUAGUUGACAUGUAUGCCAAAUGCGGAAAGAUAGAUUAUGCUUCAAGAUUCUUUGAAUUGAUGCCUUUGAGGAACGUAUAUACUUGGAACUCAAUGAUAUCAGGCUAUGCACGCCAUGGACUUGGAGCAAAAGCUUUGAAGCUUUUUUCAAGAAUGAAAGAGCAUGGCCAAUCACCAGAUCACGUUACCUUUGUUGGGGUCUUAUCAGCUUGUAGUCAUGUUGGUUUAGUUGAUGAAGGCUUUGAGCACUUCAAAUCAAUGAGUGAAGAGUAUGGACUAGCUCCUCGAAUUGAGCAUUUCUCUUGUAUGGUUGAUCUCCUUGGGCGAGCUGGUGAUGUUAAUAAAAUAGAGAACUUGAUCAACACCAUGCCAAUGGAUCCUAAUGUCCUCAUUUGGAGAACAGUUUUAGGGGCAUGUUGUCGAAAUCAUGGCCGCAAUACAGAGCUAGGUCAGAGAGCCGCCAAGAUGCUUAUGGAGAUGGAGCCACAUAAUGCUGUGAACUAUGUGCUUCUUUCUAACAUGCAUGCUGCAGGUGGGAAGUGGGAAGCUAUGGCAGAUGCUAGGAUGGCAAUGCGAAAGGCAUCAGUGAAGAAAGAAGCAGGGUGUAGUUGGGUCACCAUGAAGGACGGUGUUCAUGUAUUCGUAGCUGGAGAUCAAAAACACCCAGAGAGAGAAAAAAUUUAUGAAAAACUCCAGGAACUAACUAGGAAAAUGAGGGAUGCUGGUUAUGUUCCUGAAACCAAAUAUGCGCUGUUUGAUCUUGACCUUGAAAGCAAAGAAGAAAUGUUGAGCUAUCAUAGUGAAAAAUUGGCAAUUGCUUUUGUUCUUACCCGGAAAUCUGAACUGCCAAUUAGGAUAAUGAAAAAUCUUCGUGUUUGUGGUGACUGCCACGCUGCUUUCAAGUACAUAUCAAAGAUUGUUAAUCGACAGAUAAUUUUACGAGAUUCAAACAGAUUUCACCAUUUUGAGGGUGGCAUCUGUUCUUGCCGGGAUUAUUGGUGAAUGGUUCUACAAAUAUUGUGGAGACCUUCAUGUUACACAUACAGAAAUAUUGCCCAAGACUCUUAUUUCAAGUGGCAUUGAGGGGACUUGGUCAGCGUGCUCAACUUAUAUAAGUAGUUGAUGUUAAUUUGCUUUGACCAGCUGGAAAAAGAGAAACAAGGUAGAGAAAGAAAGUGAGACGUUGUGAGUGAAGAUGGGCCGUAUAUUUUGGGCAUAUGAGCAGAUAAAUCAGUUUUGUGUUUGUCAUUCAUAUGAAUGUUUUGUUCUGCAGUUUGGUUGGUUUGACUUCUUAGGUAGAAUAAAUGGGGUUAUAUUAGUAUUUUUUAGUCCUUAACUUCUGAUCUAAAGAAUGUAAUGGUUAAACAUGUAAGAUAGUGUCUAUACCAUAUGUUAAUUUGACAUAGUCAUGCAAUGUGGUUUGAAUUGAAGCCCGUCUUUAGGCUGUCAUGCGAAUAUGCAUCAAAGCUUGGAGAUACUGCUGAUCUUUCUGAUAAGAUGUUCAAAAACAUUCU